AUGACCACCAUGGGCCCCGACAUCAAGCCGGAGCCGGUCGACGCGACUGAGCUGGACAGCCAGAGCGACGAGCUCCUUUUUGACCCGGACGUCUCAACCCGCAAGCACUUUCACGACGAUCCCAGCGCGUGCCAGGGAAUCCUGAAGCACGCGCAGACCAAGUUCAGCCUGGUUAUCAAGGAGUCGCUGAUCCAGUCUGCGGGAUCCGGUCUCUUUGUCGAGGAUGCCAUCUGUGAGGGCGAGGAGAUCUUCCAGAAUCAGCCAUUCAUCAGCUGCCGCGCACCUCACCUGAAGGAUGUCUGCGACCACUGCCUGAUGAACAGGAACGCCAAGCUGGACGCCGAACAGGGAGGGAUUGACUGUCAGCAUGGAGCGGUCCCCUUUGCCAAAUGCAAGGGCUGCAAGUAUGCUCACUACUGCUCCCGGACAUGUCAGAAGAAGGCCUGGGCUGCCUAUCACCGAGAGGAGUGCCAGGUGCUCAAGGAGAUCCCUGAUAUCUCGCCCUUGGUUCGUAUUCUGUUCCGCAUCCUGCUCUGGGACAAGGCGGGAAAGAUCAGCUCGGGCUACUGGAACAUCUUGAUGAUGCUGGAGGACUGCUUUGACCAGCGUGACGAGGAGAGCGAGGACGACAGCUUCCAGCUCGCCGUCGAUGCCGUCCAGCGCAACAUCUCGCACCGCAACGUCACUGUCAUCUGGAAGCUCUUCUACGCUAUCCAGAUCAAUGCGAUGAACAUCCGGAUGGCCGAUGACUACACCUCGACUGGCAUGAGUUUCGACUUGGCCAUCUCCGUCAUCAACCACAGCUGCGAUCCGAACGCCUUUGCAUUCUUUGAGGGCAACCGCCUGCAUGUCCGCUCCCUCAAGCCGAUUGCAGCUGGCGAUGAGAUUACUCUCCCAUACUGCAACACCAUGGUUGGAGUCCUCUCCCGCCGGGAAGGGCUUCAGAAGUCCCACUUCCUCACCUGCUCUUGCAACCGCUGCAUUGCUGAGCUCAAGGAGCACGAACAAAUCGCCCGUGCCAGCGGAAGCUCGGUCGAGAAGCUCUACGCGGCACAGAAGGAGCUCGGCCAGAUGGGAGACGCCUUGCACAAGACCGUCAGGGAUCGCCCUUCGGAGCAGGGCAAGAAAGCCGUGCUCGAAAACUUUGUCGCAAAGCUCAAGGGAGUCAUGAGGGAGGGACUCCCGCAGGGAGCCUGGCCGGACACCCUGGACCCCCUCCCUGACCUUCGGCUCAGCCUGGCCAUGAGCUACGGCGAGCUGCACCACCUGGGCGCCUCUGUCAUGUACGCUCUGAAGGGAUGCCUGCUCAACAAGGGCCGCCACGUCGGCCCCGAUUGGGUCCACAACUUCCUCGACCUCGUCGCCAUCCUGGCCGAGAUCGGCCAGCUCGACCUGGAUGACCAGCUCUUCAAGAUCACGGGCUUCCCGCAGCGGUUCGAGAUCCAGGUGACUGUCGCCGGAUACAUGGUCUACCUCCUCGCGGCCAUGACCAAGACCUACGGCACGGGCAGCCGCUUCGUGCGGGGCUAUCGGCGCUUCAUCAUCAAUUUCCUGGAUAUUCCUGGACUGCCGGCGGCGGCCGACGAGAACUUCGUGGAUGUGUUCAAGGCCAUGCAGGCGAAGCUCCUGUGCUGGGCCGGAGUCGACGAGACCAAGGCCAUCGUUAUGCCCGAUGAGCAGACCAUCAAGGGUCUGCUGGAGGCUGACAUGGCUAGGCAGCUCUCGGCUCUCUCCAUCGAGGACUAA